AUGUCAGUUCCGUGGUCAACAAUUGAAGUUGCAUCUGUUUGUUUUUUUAUUAUUAUAAUUAUCUUAUUAACAGUUGGUGGUAAUCUUGUUGUUCUCUUUGCUUUCUAUACUGACCCACAUCUAUUAACACCAUCGAAUCAUUUUCUUUUAUCAAUGGCUAUUGCUGAUUUACUUGUAGGUCUUAUUGCAAUGCCAUUUCAUUCAUUUGCUCAAAUAAAAGGUUCAUGGCCAUUCGGUGAAUUUUUUUGUAAAAUAUGGUUAACAAUUGAUGAUGUUGCAACUAUGGCUAGUGUUUUAUCUAUAGUAGCUAUAACUAUAGAACGUUUUUGGAGUAUUAAUCAUAGUGUACAUUAUCGUCGUCAUACAAACAAAACACGUAUAAGAAUAUUUUCUGUAUUCAUUUGGCUUAUACCAUUUCUUAAUUUUGCACCUGGUAUUUGGCUUCUUAAUUCUAAUGAAGAAAUUCCAGCAACAAAUAUAACUCGAAAAGCAGAAUGUAUUGGUGCCUAUCAUUCACAUACUAUAUAUUUAAUAGUUGCUCAAAUAAAUUUUUUUGCAUGGCCAUUAGUUGUUAUUAUUAUACUUAAUGCUUUAAUUGUUGUUAAUCUAUAUCGACGAUCACAACAUUUUCCAACUUUUAGUCCUCCUGGACAACGAAAAAAUAAGACAUUAAGUGAAAUUAAAGAAGAAAAUAUCGAUGAAGAUCAGGAACAACAAGAUCAAAUGAUUGACAAUGAUGAAGUAACAUUAUCAAUAAUUAAUGAUAAUAAUUAUCAUAUGUUAAAAAGAAUGGAUUUAGAGGGUAACAAUGAUGAUCAUUUUGUAAAUAUUCCACCACCUAUAACAGAAGUCGAUGAACAAUUGAAUGAAGAUGAUAUUGUUAAUUGUCAAACAUUACAAAAAACAAUUCCAUCAUCAUCAUCGACAGUCGAUAUAGACACAACACAAUCAACAUCAAAAUUUUAUACACGUAUUAAAAAAGCUUUUUUUACAUCAUCAGAAUCGACAUCAGUUGAUUAUCAUACAUCAAAAGCAGCACAAACAUUUCAAGUUCAGCCACAAAGAAAUAUGCAAAAACGUCGUUCAAUAUUUGCAUGGCGUACGAGUUCAAUUAAUUUAUCACCAACAAAAAUUAAUAAUACAGUUACGGGUGAACAACGUACUGUUCGACGUUUAAGACGAGAUAAACGUGCAGCAACAUCACUUCUUAUACUUGUUCUUGUAUUUAUGAUAUUUCUAUUACCUUAUGUUGUUGUUGUUGUUGCCGGUAAUAUUUCUUCAUUAGAAAUCUUAAAAGAUACAAGUGGACAAUUAUAUUCAGCUGUUUUUUGGCUUUUAUGGCUCAAUUCAACUGUCAAUCCAAUUCUCUAUCCAUUUAUUCAACCAAAAUUCCGUGAUGCAUAUAGAAGAAUCUUUCUAAGAAUAACAAGACGACGACGCCGACUAGUUUCUCUUAUUGCAGACAUGCAACGAGCUAAAUAG